GUCACACUCGGUUGCGUCAUAUCAAAGACACCUGCUACUCUGCUGAGUAAUUAAUCCACCACCUUACCUGACUGCAUGACAGACAUAUUUUAAGUAUUUUACUUUCUCGUGCUUCAAAAAAGUUAAGCGUGUCAAAUGUCAUGGCAUAUAGAAGGAGACGACAACUUUCACUUUCAGAUCACAGGGCCAGACAUGUGCCCAACAACAUGGACCGGCUUGCUUUCAAAUACAUGAUGUGUAAAGUGGAGUCCAGCACUGAUUCAGACUCAGAGAUCAGCCCAAGAUGGUCGGACACCAGCACCAUGGGAUGUGUGAGCAGUGCACCUGAAAGUGGAACUUUCCGGCUGUCAUUGCCGUUAACACACAAGCCUGCAGGAAGACAUGGCUGUAAUUCUUUGUUUUUGGACCCAUAUGACGGGAGCUCUGAGGAUUCUGACGAGUCAAACAUGGAUGUGGGUGUCUCCAGCAGGCGUCUGAGGCAGCAGGGAAGAGGUGGAGGAGGAGGCUGUCGGUUCACAGGCAGAAGCAGGAGAUUUAUCCUACAUCACUCUGCCUCCGUCGCACCCAGAGAAGUGGUGAAAAAUGGGCCGAGAGAUCCUGCGACAGAGCAGCAGCAUCUUUUGGAUGUCCAGAUGAAAUGUGGGAGUGACUCUGAGCUGUGUGUCUGCAGCCUUCUGCCCUCCAACAGAGACAGGGACCUCACAGAGGAAAUGAUCAAUGAUUCAACGAUGCAAACUAUGGAUAUAGAACUACAACGCCACGGUGAUGAUUCAGGUUUGCACACAUCAAGAUCCUCCACACCUCACACACCUGGACCUGUAACCCCAGUGGAAGCAUGUUCGUCCCAGAUGCUGGAUGAGAGAUCCCGCUAUCCCUGUAACCUCAAAUCGCUCUACAAGAGAAAGCUGGGUUUCCCCGGAGCAGAAAUGGCAGAGCUGGAGCAGAGAAAGAGGCAGUGCAUCGUCAGUAUGGGGGAUGAACAGGAGGGAAGAGACUCUAGAUCUGAACCAUGUUAGAGCCAUCUAACCAUGGACUGACACACUGCAGUCAUAUUCAAUGCCUUCAGUGAUUUAAAGUGGAAUAAAAGACUAUAAAAAGUUACUUGGCAAUGCACUUCAUUUACUCAUGUAAUGAUAAAAUGGCAAAAGACCUAAGGGGAUAUUUUUCAGUGUCUCAAAUGUGUCACAUAAUGUGCUGAUUUGUCUUCAAGCAAUUAUGAUUUUGUUGGGAGAAUGACCAUAAAUAAGCUCAGUCUUUAUCACAAACCAAAGUCCAACCUAUGCACUCAAAGUGAAGACACUGUAUUUUCCCAAAGAAUAAAAGAAAAAACUUAUUCCAAAAAGAG